UCGACUUUUCACAAAGUUGAAAGAUUGCUCGUCCAAUCGUCGGAGGAACAGAGUAACUAACCCAAUCCAAAUGGUUUAGCCCAAUUCAAAGUAAACCAAGCAAAUCAAUCAAGGCCCAAGCCCAGAGCUCUUAAGCCCUGACCCCACUUCCACAUCGUGCCCAACUAAACCUCAGUUCACGAAUCAAUUUUCAGCAAAAACCCGCCACUUCACUUUCUCCAUCAAAAUCGAACCGGAAUAAUCCAUCGUCCGCUGAAUUUAUGAUCGCGUGCCGUGUCGGACUCCUAAUCAGAACUUUGUCCCGGUUUUCUCUCCAAAGAUCGGCGCCUUUAUCAUCAUCUUUGGCUACGUACUCUAAACUUUCUGGCUUUUUCUCCGAUGAGGCGGAAGGUGGGAGCGCCGUUUACCGACACGCGCUCAAAUUUCAGCGUCCAACGACGAUAAAGUGGCGACCCGAGUUGCGUAACUGCGUCAGCCUUAUUGGAUUAGUGUGUUUCCCCCUUAAAAAAAAUCCGAACACUGGCUGUUUCGGUUACACUUACCUUCAGGUCGUCCAUUCUCCUUAUUCGAAUGGAGGGUUUAGGAUACUACUGAGCAUGAGGGAUGACAUGGCAGAAUUGUGUGAAAAAAAUCUGAAGCCAAAUGAUUUUAUUUAUGUUUCAGGACCUUUAGGGUCUUACACAAAGACCGAUCAGGGAGGGAACCUCAUAUUACGUUACAAGGUGAACGUAAAAGAUCUAAAUUAUGUUCAAAGACAUGGUCGUCAAGGUUUGACCUGCCAAAAACCUAAGGAAUCAAAAUCAGGAGAAGGUGAAGCUGAUAUUGAUAAGCAUGUAAGCCAAGAAUAUUUGUGGCAGUUGUACUUCUCCAACCCAUAUGAAUGGUGGGAUAACAGAAAAAAUAAGUUAUCGCCAGGAUCACCUGAUUUUAAGCAUAAGGAUACUGGUGAAGCUCUAUGGUUGAAACCAAAUGAUCCUCCAUGGAUCAAAAGACAACUUCAAUUGCUUGAUUCAAAGAUGGCAGGACAAGGGCUGCAGAGUCAUGUAGGUUCUCAUUCUCGUGUCGCCAUGUGGACUUAUGAUGAGUAAGAAUAAGUUUGUGGGACUUCAAAACUAAUGGAGGAAAGGGCAGUGGAAAUCGAAGUUAAUUACAUCUGCUGCAUUUCACUACCUCCUUGAGGUCAGUUACAUAGUUUUAAGAUCUGACCCAUAGCUGCUAGCUGGAAGGAGAGGUAUUCGGUUGUAUAGGUCCUGGCCAGACAUCACAGUGAUGGAGGUGUAUCAAACAUAGAAUUACUGUGUUGGAUAUGGUGCGAUCAAAAAUUAUAGUAAUUAUAGUAAUGUUGUUUUUAGAACUUAAGGCAGUUGAUCCAAGAAUUCUUCCAGCAGCAAUGUGUCAGAUGCAUAAGAAAAAGUGUAUACAAGGUUGCCUCAUUCUUAAUUAAUUUCUGUUGGCUUUUUUAGAAGAGUAAAAAUUGAGUAGAAUAAAGCCAAUUACUUGGUUUUAAAAACCCAAAUCAGUUAGGGCUAUGCUUUAUCUAUUCUUUCCAAUUUGCUGAGUGAAAAUUUCAAGAACUGUUGGAGAAAUAAGCGGUAGGUAAUAGCCAUUGCCGGUUUCUAAAUUUGAUGUGAAGGAAAAAACAACUGUUGCAGUAAAAUGU